AUGCCUUCUGCAUCGUCCCUGGACACCUACCAGACUCCCUUGGCAUCACGAUAUGCAUCUGUUGAAAUGUCAAGCCUAUUCUCGAACCAAACUCGAUUUGGUACUUGGCGACAGCUGUGGCUCUCUUUGGCUGAGGCUGAAAAGGAGCUGGGAUUGCCAAUCUCCGAAGAAGCUAUUACAGAAAUGAGGGCCAAUCUUGUUUUGGACCACAAACAAAUGGAAAUCGCUGCGGACGAGGAACGCAAAAGGAGACACGAUGUUAUGGCUCAUGUUCACACGUUUGGCUUGGUGUGUCCGAAGGCUGCACCAAUUAUCCAUCUCGGUGCAACAUCAUGCUACGUUACAGACAAUGCGGAUCUGAUUUUCUUGCGCCGAGGAUUUGAAAUCCUAAUACCCAAAUUGGCCCUGGUCAUUGCGCGAUUAUCAAAGUUUGCGGUCGAAUACAAAGACCUACCGACCUUAGGCUGGACACACUUCCAACCAGCUCAAUUGACAACCGUUGGAAAACGAGCGACACUAUGGAUCCAAGAGCUGUUGAUGGACUUGAGGAAUCUGGUACGAGCCAAAGCUGAUCUAGGUUUCCGCGGCGUCAAGGGUACAACUGGAACUCAAGCAUCAUUCCUAGCACUUUUUGAUGGAAACCAUGAAUUAGUCGAAAAACUUGAUGAGCUGGUCACCAAGAAAUCCGGUUUCGAAUUCGCCUAUCCCGUCUCAGGUCAAACCUAUACUCGCAAAAUUGAUAUCGAUUCUUUGGCACCGCUAUCUUCUCUCGGUGCGACCGCUCACAAAAUCGCCACUGAUAUUCGAUUGUUAGCAAACCUUAAAGAAAUUGAAGAACCGUUUGAGUCUAGUCAAAUAGGAAGUAGUGCAAUGGCUUACAAGCGAAAUCCGAUGCGCUGCGAGCGUAUUUGCUCACUGGCUCGCCAUCUCAUGGUCCUCCAACAAAAUGCCAUGAUGACCGCGUCGGUGCAAUGGUUUGAGAGGACUCUAGACGAUUCCGCCAAUCGACGAGUCACGAUUCCAGAGGCCUUUUUGACGGCAGAUAUCAUUUUAACAACAUUACAAAACGUCAGUGAAGGAAUGGUGGUUUAUCCAGCGAUCAUCUCACGACACAUACAUGCCGAGCUGCCAUUUAUGGCGACUGAAAAUAUCAUAAUGGAGAUGGUCAGGCUGGGAGGGGAUAGGCAACACUGUCAUGAACAGAUUCGAGUGUUGAGUCAUCAGGCAGCUAAAGUGAUCAAGGAAGAAGGUGGGGACAACGACUUGAUUGAGCGAAUUAGAAAUGACGCUUUCUUUGAACCGAUUCAUCACAAGUUGGAUCAACUCUUGGACCCAAAAACCUUCAUUGGCCGUGCUCCCGAACAAGUCGACCAUUUUAUGAAAGAUUGGGUGACACCGGCGCUCGCGCCCUACCAAGAGUACAUCCAUGCUUCGGAACAUGCAGUGCUCCACGUUUAG